AUGCCUGUGAGCUCGGCUGCCAAACUCGCCUCUCACAUAUGGAGGGGCGCUGCACAGUCAGCGGCCAGCGCCGCCCAUAAUUCUGCCAACUCGUUCCGUGGUGCCUUCCAUGGCGCUUCCAACAGCUCUGCCUCGUCCACCGGUUCCUCGGCUUCUGGCUGGGCUUCUGGUCUCAGCAGUGGCGGUUCUUCCGCUGGUGCCGGAGCGGGUGGCGCCAAAUUUCACGCCGGCCGCGGCACUCACUUUUCCUACCAGCACACCGGUCGUGCUCUCUCUCAAGCUUCCUCGACGCCCAACUCGGAUACAAACAACAAGAGCAACGAUGAAGAAGACGAAAUUCGUAGACAGAAAGCGUACAAACUGCGUCUCGACGGUCAGCACUCGUACGAGCGCUCCAUGCUCGCCUCUCCUGGUCACCUCACCAACUCGCACUUGCAGGUGCGCUUCCGACAUGCCUUUGCCGCCAAGCAAGCUCCUCUUUUCGUCACCGCUUCAGAACACACUGGGAACUCCCAGGAUGCCGACGCUUCUUCGCAAACCCAACGUCGCGCCGCUUCUACUCUGACGGCUAAUCCCAGCGAGGCCACAAGCGAUGCCGGUGCACCAUCCAUCUCCACCACCCACAGCACCAACGCCCACGACCGCGUCUAUCACGAACUUCGUUCAGCAAUUUCGAGAAAAGACGCCUACCAGAUCCGUCUUAGCGUCGACGCUUUCAACGCUCUCCCCAAGGAACAAAAGACCACGGCCGGUUUCAACAUGGUCAUGGAGUCGCUUCUCGCCAUCCGCAGUCACGGUCAAACCGUCCGCGAGAUCACCGACACCUACAACGACAUGAUCCACACGGGUCUUUCUCCCAACAGUCGCACUUACACUGUUCUCGUAAAGGCGCUCUGUGCACGCGAUGCCGAAACCGCCGCUGCCUCGACCUUGCCUCCGUCUGAUGCUACAUCCGCAGAUGCCGAUGCUGCUGCUACAACAGAAGACAACUUUGGCCAGGCUCUCAAGCUGAUGAGUGUCUGCCACAGCAGCCGUCUUCAGUUUGACGAUCAAAAGGCUUACAACGCUGUACUUUCCAGCUGCGCGCUUCGCGGCGAUGUCGACCGUGCUCUCAGUGUGCUUGACCUCCUCGAACGCAGCAUGUUUGCCAAUACCGACGCCUACACCUUCAAGCAUCUCAUUCGCACCUUUGCACAAGACCCGCAGCUCAAGCCCGACGAGACGCAACAGAUGCAAGAAUCGCGCAAGCUCGCUGCAUGCAAGCAGGUCUUUGACGAGUUUCUGCUCGCUAGUCAGAAGCCCGACUGGAACCACAAAGACAACAGUAUCGUCUGGAGUUCGCUCAUCGAGGCCCACUUUGCGCUCAACGAUCCAGCGGGCGCAAUAAAGCUGUUCGAAAAGAUGCUUCAAGGCGGCGACAACGUCCCGGCCCUUCACCAUACCAUCAUCUCGUCUGUCAUCACCGGAUUCCUUGACAGCGGCGACACCGCCACUGCGCUCCACUGGUUCAUCAAGGUCACUUCGAUGCAAGCCGCAAAUACUGCUCCUCACUCGAUGUCGUCCGAUUCGCAACCCAUGCCUAGCAUCAAGUCGAUCGAGUACCUCAUCACCAAAUUAGCAGAAUCGGGCGACGACUUGCUAGAGCCGCUUCAGCGCGUCUUUCACGUCUAUCUGCAGCGCUGUGUCGAGCUUCAUCGCUACGCCCAGCUUGAAACGCUCAUCGCACUCGCUUCCGCCAACUCGGUUCGUGCUCAGCGUCUUCUGCAAGCUGGCUCGGCACAAGAGGCCAACGCUGCGCUCGACCGUGCUCUGGACGCUGCCGCUUCCUUCUUUUCGCGCGAAGCCACAUCGCUUGCCCGUCUUUCCCCGUCCAACUUGGAGUCCAAGAUUAGCACCAUCGUAUCGACCAUUUUCCAGCUCACCGAGGUCCUCCUUACUGCCGACCGCGUCGUCGACGCGGGUUGCACUCUGACCUACGCACGCAUCUUUUUGGACAAGUUCGAUCUUGCAGCAGAAUCCUACCAACCCUUUGCUGUGCAGCUCUCGCAACUGGCAUCUCGCUUUUUCACCACCAAUUCUCCUGCCACCGCCAAUGACGCCCAUCCCGCUUCUAUCCGACUGUUUGCCAGCGCCGAAUACCUGGCUCCCGUGCUACGCGAAGCCGGCUUGCUUGACGAGCACGUCGCUGCUUCCCUUGCCGAUCUGUAUCGAAGCGUGCAUGCCCAGUCGUCAGACGUUGUCCUCAAUUUGCCGCUCUCUAACGAUGCCUGGACCAUGAUCUUGGAGGCAUUCUGCUUUGAGGAGCUCAAUGUUCGACCGCUCAACUUGGACGCUUACAAGGCUGACGGUAUUCCGAUGGUUUUGCACGAUAUCGCCAAGCUGCCGGCUGCUGCUUCAGAAGGCAGUGAGAGUAGCGCGGAUCGUGCAUCCAUCGACACGACCAAGGCAGUGCAAGUCACGCUCGCUCGUUACGGACAAGAAGCGCUCGCGUUGCUUCCUGAGUGGACGACGCAAAAAAUCUCCACAGUUGCAGAGCAAGAAGCUCAAGACGUCGCUGCUGUCCGAGAUGAGACCAGCAGUGAGACGGGAUCGGCUUCUCAACUCAGUACGUCGACCCCUGCCACCACGCCGCCGCAACAACAUUCGCCUCUUCACCGCCAGGAUCUGCCCGCACCGACGCUCUCUUGUACCACCUCGGGAACUUGCUCGUCUACUUUGUCAUUCCCUGCUGUUCAAGUCGUCGAUACCGACUUUGGUCACAAGCUAAUCUCCCUCGCGCGUCCCUCGGGGCAGAAGGAGGCGCCUCGCGUCUUUGAGGAGGUGAUCGAGCAGACCAAGGUCGGAAACUUUGCGCAUCCUGAAGGUAUUGCUGUCUUGAUCGGUGCUUUCGGACGUCUUGGCAACGUCGAUCGCGUCGAGCAACUUUAUGCCAUGGCUCAGCACGUGUUGCACGCUUUGGUCGGGGACCCGACUUGGCAGACCAACGCCUGGUUUGUUGUUGAAGACAGCAUGAUCCAGGCACUCAGUCACGCCGGUCGACCCGAAGCGGCUACCACGCAUCGACACCGCAUCAUCACCGCUGGCGGCACGCCUAGUCCGACUUCGUACGCUGCUCUCAUCGCUACGAUUCGCGAUACGACUGACGAUGCCUCCAUCGCCCAGGAGCUCUUUGACGAAUCGCAGCGCUUCGGAGUACGUCCAACGGCUUAUCUUUUUAACACGGUCAUCUCGAAGCUCUCGCGCGCACGCAAGGCGGAUCGAGCGCUGCAGCUUUUCGACGAAAUGGUUACCAACUUCCGCAUCAAGCCCACCAGCGUUACCUAUGGAGCUGUCAUCAACGCCUGCACGCGUAUCGGCGACGAGCAACGCGCAGUUCACAUGUUUGAGCGCAUGGAGCGGGAUCCAGCCUUCAAGCCUCGUGUGCCGCCGUACAACACGAUGAUGCAGUUCUUCAUUCAGAGCGUGCCUGAUCGUCAAAAGGCGCUUGUGUACUAUCACAAGAUGCUGGAUGCCGGCGUCGAGCCCAGCGCGCAUACCUACAAGCUACUGCUCGACCUGUUUGGCGCCAUUGAACCCGUAGAUCCUCUCGAGAUGGAACGCGUCUUUGCAGAGCUCACCAGCAAACGCUCAGUGACGGUGCAGAGUACGCACUGGGCUUCGCUGAUCAACUGCUACGGAUGCAUGCUCGACGAUCUGGAUCGCGCGGUUGCUACGUUUGACUCGAUUGCCUCGCACCCUUCGUCGCAAAGGCGCAAGGAUGGUGCACGUAUGCCAGAUGCGGUCGCAUUCGAAGCGCUUCUGGCCGUGUUUGUUGCGCACAACCGGACCGACCUGAUGCGUUCACACUUGGAAAAAAUGAAGCAGGCGGGACUACAGAUGACAGCGUACGUGGCUAAUUUGCUGAUCCGCGGCUUCUCGAUGGAGCAAGGGGAGGCCGGAUUGAACGAGGCGCGUGCUCUGUUUGAGAGUAUGGGUGAGCCCGCUGCUGGUGUUGCUGCGGCAGGCAACCAUCCUCCACGAGCGCAUGGUGCUGGUGCUCCUAUCUCUGAUGACGCGCCGGUCGUGCUUUCGUCAGUUCGACCUGCCGAUGUGACGGCUGGGUCGCACAGCGCUGAUGCUCCAUUUGCAUCGGUGCAACGUGAGCCGUCGACGUACGAAGCCAUGAUGCGCGCCGAGCUUGAGCACGGCCACGCUGAUCGCGCAGCUGCUCUGGUGGAUCGGAUGGAGGCACGAGCGUUCCCACCUGCGCUCAUUGUACGUGCUCGUGCGCUCGUGUCGGAAGGUCUGGCUUCGACUGCUGCAGCCAACUCUGCGACCGCUGCCGAGGCUGUGGGCGGCGACGCUUUCACCUAUGCUCGCUUGACGUUUGGGCAGACUUCUCCUCGACUGAGGCCUACAAGUCUGUACCGGGCGCCAUUGACGGAUGGUGGCGCCAACAAGGGUAUCAGUGGCAUGUCGGUGCGCCACGCCUCGACGAUGGCUGGUAGCGGAGCAGCUGCACCAGCGCCCGGACCACCCAAGCCGAACAGCGCGUUCACCAUCUUUGACCGAGCUACCAAGAGGCUGCAAAAGGACCGAGCUGCGCUGAAGCCGUCGAUUUCCAAGAGCCAAUUUGGCUAUGGCUUUGACGACAACUCAAAGCGGGGGGAGGCGUCGCGUCAGACUGACUACGUACGUCAUGCCAUCGCCGAAUCGCUUGCGGAUCGUGUGCAGGACAUCAAGCGAGACUUGACGACGAUUGUUGAACUGGGAGCGGGACCUGGGUUGCUGCGUCACUACUUGGAUGCCCAAGGAUGCAGCACCAAGAAGAUCAUCAUGUGCGACACGAGCGAGGCGCUGCUGAAUCGCGAUCGGCACCUGGAUGACCAGUUUGGAUUCGAGUUUGAGCGUCGGGUGAUGGAUGAAGAGAUGCUGCCAUUCGAGGAGGCUUCGUUGGAUUGCGUUGUUUUCAGCGGCGGUCUGCACUGGACGAACGAUCUUCCAGGCGUGCUCAUCCAGAUUCGACGUGCGCUCAAGCCAGACGGUGUUUUCAUUGGAGCGCUGUGCGGUGGCGAUACGCUGUUUGAGCUACGAACGAGCCUGCAAUUGGCUGAGCAGGAGCGAGAAGGCGGCAUCUCUGCGCGCAUUUCGCCGAUGGCUGACACACGCGACAUGGCAUCUUUGCUGUCUCGUGCGGGCUUCACGAUCCCGACGGUCGACGUCGAUGAGGUUUCGGUGGGCUACCCGAGCAUGUACGAGCUGAUGCACGAUCUUCGUGAUAUGGGCGAGUCCAAUGCGGUCAUCAACCGUCGAGGCCAGCUGCGUCGCGAUACGAUGCUCGCGGCUGGUGCCAUUUACGAGUCGCUGCACGGUCAGCAGGAGAGCGAGGGUGCGGGUGAGGGCGAGCGUGCUGAGCAGCAAGGGGUGCCAGCGACGUUCCAGUUGAUCUUUCUGAUCGGAUGGAGCCCUUCGCCGACGCAACCCAAGCCGUUGAAGCGAGGCAGUGCACAGUCGAGUCUCAAGGACGUCUUGGCGGCUGCAGACGGCGAUAUGCAGCGACAGAUGCAGAGCGAGACGGACGAAAAGCAGCGUGAGCAAUGGAUGAAGUCGAUGGAGCAGUCUGAAAACAACCACAACAACCACAACCACAACAACAAAAGCUAA